GAGGAACUUUCAGUCACGGAACGGCACUGGAAGAUAUUGGAUGUACGCCACACAGUUAGUGCCAAAAAAUGGAAGACAAAUUGAUCGUUAUUUUACUGUUCGUUACAAGUGUUACAAAUGUUCUCAGUGAUACCUGCCCCGUGUUCCUGACGUUGUCAUCGCUCUCAAAGCACAUAGAGGACGCCUCAGUGGUUAUCAAUUGGGGUCCAGAAUGUGAAACGCCCCCGGCCUGGAUAGGAUUCUACCGGGAAAAUCCAGCGCUGUCCAACACUCCGCCGUUGGUGAAAAUUCUAGUGGAGGGACAGAAAUCCGGGGAGAUUGUCACGGAGCAAAAAUUUGGUAAACUUCAGUUGCCUGGAGGAUGGAGUCACGACGAGGUCCUGCGAGUCCUCCCGAAGCGUCGAUCCAAUCCACUGUGUUUCGAUUUCUACGUGGUUAGCUACGAUGGCGAUGACGAACUGCAGACCUUCGAGUGCCUUAAAAUUCAACCGAACUGGAUGUUUUCGGAACAAAACAUCGGAAGUGUUCCACUAAAGGAUCUAUUCCUCCCCGGAACCCACUGUUCGGCCUGUUACCAAACCAAAGCGAAUGUUAACAAUGUGUUCCUGAAACGAGUCGGCUUCCGCCAGGAUUUGGACAUCUGGAGUCAGCUGAUUUUCGGUAUUCGCUAUCUAGACUUUUCCGUGGGAUUCUUCCCAUCACACAACGGAACCCGUAACUUUUGGGUCAUGAACGAAAGCUACCGGGUGGGAGGGAUCGGUCCCAUCCUGGAUGACAUACGGCGCUUCGUCGUGCUGACCGAAGAAACUGUCAUCCUCGAUUUCCGCCGGUUUCCGCUCGGUUUUCACAACCAUCCGGAGCAGCACGGGGAAUUUCUACAGGUGCUGGAUCAGCGGCUGGGUGAUCUUGUCUUUCGGCGGGCACAUUUUGGAGAUGACGGAGUGGAAGAAACGAAUUCGUACCAUCUCACAAUCGAGCAGAUGCGACGCGAAGGAAAAUACAUUCUCGUGACGUACAAUCAUGCGGCCAGUCUGAACGAUUCCGAUCUGAUUUGGGCUCCAUGGAAGAAACAUUCCAGCAGCUUCCUGAAGCACACCGAGCUGGGCGAGUUUAUGAGAAACUUGUUCUCCCAGAAACACCCGGACGCCCCGAAAAACAUCGGAUGGAGUUUCCAUGGAGUGCAGGGGCUUCAGAGCAGUCUGACCUCCGAUGAAACGUAUCUGAUGCCGAAAGAACGUGCCAAUAUAAUCAAUCCAAAGCUGAUGCAGAUGCUUGGUGGGCCGUGGAGUUUGAGGGCAAACGCCGUUCUGUUGGAUUACUUCCACAACACAAACUUGAUCGAUAUGGCGGUUUAUACGAAUCGGUACAAAACUCUUAAGAAUGUGGGCGAAGAAAUGGUUGUACUGGAUAUUCAGUGAAUAUUCGUGAGAUAAUAGUAACUAGUUGUAAUGCACAUAUAUCUUUAAGUAUACUCCAUUCGAAUUUACAAAUAGAAUUAUCAUUCCAUAACUGGCAGGAAAAAUAAAUUUAACUAGUA